UACUAUUAUAAGGGAAAACAAAAUGUUACAAUCAGCUAUCAUUGUUUUCGGACUAUUUUUAAAUCAUCAAGUUAAUUGCAUAUCGUUUAUUGUACAUCCAGAAAACUCAACCGUCGACUCACUGGGAACAGUUUCACUGACUUGCAUUGUACAAUUUGAAAAAGCGUCACCUAAAAAAUACAACAUGAAAUGGAAGAAAGACGGAGAUUAUAUAUCUACAGAUGAAAAUGUAAAAGCCGUCUUGAAAGAUGCAAGACAUUUUAUUGUGACUAUUAAAAAAGGUUUGAUACCGCCUGGGAGACAAGCUUUAUUCAUUUGUAAAACUGACGCUAAUCCAGCCGUUACUCAUUAUACAUGGACAACUGCUCCGACACUCAACGAUGAUACUGAAUACAACAUUGAUGAUACUGGACAAGUGUUCAUGUUAUUAAAGCCUACAAUUAACCACGAUGGAAUAGUGAUCACGUGUGAAGCUAAAAAUCAAGUUGGUAGCUCGUCAAAUAAUGUAACAAUAUUUAUACAAACUGAGCCUCAGAAUGACGUUACAAGCGAUAAUGGGGAUAAAGAUUCAAAAAAUAUUGGCAAUGAAAAAAAUGAUGAACCGCCACUUGAUAAUAACAAUAUUGAAGAUAAAUCAUCAUCAGGACUAUCCAUUGACGUUAUUGUCAUUAUUAUUGUUGGCAGUGUAGUUUUAUUGGUAAUAAUUGUCAUGAUUCCAGUGUAUUAUUAUUGUUUAUGUUCAAGAAAUUCCUCAUCAAACCAGACGACAACUAUAGUACAUCAACCUGAAGUGUACUUUGAGCCUGGAGACCGAAUGACGUUGCCUUUACCUCACGCUAGAGAUGUUGCGAUCUGGAGAAGAUCGUUUGGUGCUCAAGCACCAGAUGAUAAGGAAGUAGAUGCCAUGUAUUUAGAAAUACAAAGUAACCAUUACAUAUAUGCUACCAAAAGUAAAUGUAAUACAAUCAGAUAAAAAUUAUACAAAC